GUCACUAUAAUAGCGAAAAGGUAAAUUCCUACAGUAACUAAGCAAGUGUUUACAAAUUACAUCGGUUAUAGUGCUGACUUUGUGAAGCGUUUAACCUCGAAUAUUUUUGCAGUCGAUACAAUCGUGAACAUUUAUAGUGAAAAUACAUAUUAUCAAGGGCGAGAUGGAAAACAGAGAAGACACAGUUAGGGUGAAGAAAGAACCGAAAGAUAAUUGUCUGGAUGCAAGUGACGAUUAUAUUUUUAAUUCGGUGGACCCUUGCGAAGAUAAAAACUUUUUGUCAUUACCGUUUUGCAAAUCAUCUGAAAAUCACAUGAAUGAGGUUAUGGCAAUAAAGGAAAAGUUAGACGAACAAAUAUUCAUAGAUAUUGAGUACAAAGAUGUUAAACUUGAACCAAAGUCUCGAUCAAAAACCAUCUACAAAACUGAAUAUCAAAGUUUCCUACCUAUUGUGAAAAUGGAAAAUCGAAUUCAGACUAAUAACUUGAGUGGUAAAAAUCUUAUAAUUUUGAUAAAGAAAGAUUUCGAUUAUCAUAAUAAUUGUCAAUUUCAAGAAAAGUUCCAAUUGAAGCUAGAUGAAUAUAUAGGUACUAAAAGGUUUAGAAAAACGACUCAAGGUAAAUUAUUUUACGAGUGUCAAACGUGUCAAAAAGUUUAUAACGGAAAAGCGAGUUUAAUUGCACAUAUCAACUCGACCCAUAAGAGUAUAAGACCACUUGAAUGUACAAUUUGCCACAAAUCAUUCGCCAAAAAAAGUACCAUUAAAUAUCACACAAAUACAGUACAUCAUCGUAUCCAACCUUACGAGUGUGGUAUUUGUUUCAAAUCAUUUGGAUACAAUGCUGAUCUUAAGAGACACAAUAAUACUGUACAUAAUCAAAUCAAACUCAUUGAAUGUCAGAUUUGUCACAAAUCAUUUUCAUUCAAAAGUGAUUUCAAUAGACACAUAAGAGCAGUACAUGAUCUUACUAAACCCUUUGAAUGUGAGAUUUGUCACAAAUCAUUUGGACAAAAAGUCACCCUCAAACAUCACUUAAAGCCCUUCGAGUGUGACGUCUGCCGAAAAUCAUUCGGACACAAAAAUCAUCUCAGAACUCACAUAAAUGCAGUACAUAAGCGUAUUAAACCCUUCGAAUGUAAAAUUUGUCACAAAUCAUUUGGAUACCAAAGUCAUCUUAAAACUCAUAUAUUGGCUGUACAUGAUCGUAGCAAACUCUUUGAAUGUGAGAUUUGUCACAAAUCAUUUGGACAAAAAGUCAACCUUAAACGUCACUUAAAUGUAUACAUUAUCGGACCAAACCCUUUGAAUGUGAGAUUUGUCACAAAUCAUUUGGAUACAUGGGUAACCUCAGUAGACACGUGA